AUGGGUGAGGUGACAGCAGAGGAGGUGGAAAAGUUCCUGGACUCAAAUAUUGGCUUUGCCAAAAAAUACUAUAAUUUUCACUACCGGGGGAAGGUCAUUUCAGAGCUCCUUGGGGCCAAGGAGGCAGCAGUGGACUUUAGCAACUACCACGAUGUGAAUAGUGUGGAGGAGAGUGAAAUCAUCUUUGACCUUCUGCGGGACUUCCAGGAGAAUUUGCAGGCUGAGAAAUGCACAUUCAACGUCAUGAAGAAGCUCUGCUUCCUCCUGCGGGCUGACCGCAUGAGCCUGUUCAUGUAUAGGGCCCGCAAUGGCAUCGCGGAGCUAGCCACCAGGCUCUUCAAUGUCCACAAGGAUGCUGUCCUGGAGGACUGCUUGGUGAUGCCUGACUCUGAGAUCGUCUUCCCUCUGGACAUGGGUGUCGUGGGCCAUGUCGCACACUCCAAAAAGCUUGCCAAUGUCCCCAACACAGAAGAGGAUGAGCAUUUCUGUGACUUUGUGGACAAUCUCACAGAGUAUCAGACCAAGAGCAUCCUGGCUUCCCCCGUCAUGAAUGGGAAGGACGUGGUAGCCAUAAUCAUGGCUGUGAAUAAAGUAGAUGGACCCCACUUCACCAAGAAAGAUGAAGAGAUUCUUCUCAAGUACCUCAGCUUUGUGAACCUGCUCAUGAAGGUAUUCCACCUGAGUUACCUGUACAACUGUGAGACCCGACGUGGCCAGAUAUUGCUGUGGUCUGGGAGCAAAGUCUUCGAAGAGCUCACGGAUAUAGAGAGACAGUUCCACAAAGCCUUGUACACAGUCCGAGCUUUUCUUAACUGUGACAGAUACUCUGUAGGCCUCUUAGACAUGACCAAACAAAAGGAAUUUUUUGAUGUCUGGCCAGUUCUGAUGGGUGAGGCUCCAGCCUACUCUGGUCCGAGGACUCCAGAUGGAAGGGAAAUUAACUUUUACAAGGUCAUUGACUACAUCCUGCAUGGCAAAGAAGACAUCAAAGUAAUCCCGAACCCACCUGCCGACCACUGGGCUCUAGUAAGCGGCCUCCCUACUUACGUGGCUCAAAACGGCCUGAUCUGCAAUAUAAUGAAUGCCCCUGCAGAGGACUUUUUUGCAUUCCAGAAAGAGCCUCUGGAUGAGUCUGGAUGGAUGAUUAAAAAUGUGCUUUCCAUGCCAAUUGUCAACAAGAAGGAAGAGAUCGUUGGUGUGGCCACGUUUUACAACCGCAAAGACGGGAAGCCCUUUGAUGACAUGGACGAGACCCUCAUGGAGUCUUUGACUCAGUUCCUGGGCUGGUCGGUCUUAAACCCUGACACCUACGAGUCCAUGAACAAACUUGAAAACAGGAAGGAUAUCUUCCAGGACAUUGUGAAAUAUCACGUGAAGUGUGAUAACGAGGAGAUCCAGAAGAUCUUGAAAACCAGAGAGGUGUAUGGGAAAGAGCCGUGCGAGUGCGAGGAAGAGGAGCUGGCUGAGAUCCUGCAAGGAGAACUUCCAGAUGUGGAGAAAUACGAAAUCAACAAGUUUCACUUCAGCGACCUGCCCCUCACGGAGCUGGAGCUGGUGAAGUGCGGCAUCCAGAUGUACUAUGAGCUCAGAGUGGUGGAAAAGUUCCACAUCCCACAGGAGGCCCUGGUGCGCUUCAUGUACUCCCUGAGCAAAGGCUACAGGAGGAUCACUUACCACAAUUGGCGGCAUGGCUUCAACGUGGGGCAGACCAUGUUCUCCUUGCUGGUGACAGGAAAGCUGAAGCGGUACUUCACUGAUCUGGAGGCCUUGGCCAUGGUCACUGCUGCCUUCUGUCAUGACAUCGACCACAGAGGCACGAACAACCUCUACCAGAUGAAGUCACAGAACCCCCUGGCCAAGCUCCAUGGGUCCUCCAUUUUGGAAAGGCACCAUUUGGAGUUUGGCAAAACACUGCUGAGAGAUGAGAGCUUGAAUAUCUUCCAGAACCUGAAUCGCCGCCAGCACGAGCAUGCAAUACACAUGAUGGACAUUGCAAUUAUUGCCACAGACCUUGCUCUGUAUUUCAAGAAAAGGACCAUGUUCCAAAAGAUUGUGGAUCAGUCAAAGACGUAUGAGACCGAGCAGGAGUGGACCCAGUACAUGAUGCUGGAGCAGACGCGGAAGGAGAUUGUUAUGGCCAUGAUGAUGACUGCCUGUGAUCUCUCAGCCAUCACGAAGCCCUGGGAGGUUCAGAGCAAGGUAGCUCUGCUGGUGGCUGCUGAAUUCUGGGAGCAAGGUGACCUGGAGCGCACAGUGCUGCAACAGAAUCCCAUUCCCAUGAUGGACAGAAACAAGGCAGAUGAGCUCCCCAAGCUGCAAGUCGGCUUCAUUGACUUUGUGUGCACCUUUGUCUAUAAGGAAUUCUCCCGUUUUCAUGAGGAGAUUACACCUAUGCUAGAUGGGAUAACCAACAACCGAAAGGAAUGGAAGGCCCUGGCUGAUGAGCAUGAGGCCAAGGUGAAGGCGCUGGAAGAGGAAAAGCAGAAGCAGCAGGCAGCCAAGCAAGCUGCUUCCGGGAACCAGCCAGGAGGGAACCCCAACCCAGGAGGUGCGCCUGCAUCCAAGUCCUGUUGCAUCCAGUAGCUGAAGGCACUGCCGGCAGGUGGCACAGCCCUCAGGAAGAAAGAGGUCACCCAAGCCAAUGGAAAGCCACGUAUCUUCUUAGACAGUUAAAGACUCAGGAGUUGAGAGCUGGU